GAUAGCACAUUCUUCUUCUUAUUAUUUACAUACUAAUGUGUCUUAAACGUGAAGACAGACCCGAGGCUGUUUUAUUAACGCUGAGUUAACCGUCAGCGGAACCUCACAACACUGCUCUGGAUAGACUGGAGUACUUUUAAGGCCUCAAGCCAUGCCUCGGUCCACGGUUGGGCUGUGAUUCCGCCAAAACGUCGCUUCGACCGGGUGACGUGUAGGCGAAGUUGAGCCUCUUAUGUGAAAGGGACAUGCAGAGACAUGCAGCCACCAUCUCGACAGGACUACGUAUCUUUAAGCCUUCCUGGACUAGAAAGUGGAGGUUACAAUAACAGCAAGCAGUGGAGGAGGCAGUCCUGCUGGAGGAAAUGGAAGCAGCUGUCCAGGCUGCAGCGGAGCCUCAUCCUCUGCAUCGUUGUGCUUCUGUUUAUUUUUGGAUUAGCCACCUAUCCUACUGUUACUGAACACCUCCGAGGCCUUGGAGAUGGAGAGCAUGACACAGACAGUAAGGACAUCCCGGGGCCCACUUUCCCUCCUCUGCUGCCGGAGCCUGACAAAGUGGCUCAGCCAGCGCUGCCAGAACAAACUUCUCAGAGGAAAUUAUCCACUAAGAGCAGACCUGUUCUUCAGAGGAGAGGAAACGCUUCAGAAGUGGUUGCUGCUGUUCAGAAGGCAGCUGUUGUCAAGGAAGACCUGGAGGAGGGAGUGAUCAGCAGCUGGCACGGGCCACUGGUCGACACUAACCAGGCCACAGACGGAGCUAAGAGUAAAGAAAAGGACAAUUCACCUGCCGACCAUGAAGCCAAAUUACCUCAAGACUCUGAAGCCAGCAGGCUGGAGGAAGUGCGCAAAGCUUUCAGACAUGCGUGGAGCGGUUAUAAACAGUUUUCUUGGGGCCACGAUGAGCUUCGGCCCAUCUCCAAGACCUACAGUGAGUGGUUUGGCCUGGGUUUGACACUUAUUGAUGCCCUGGAUACCAUGUGGCUCCUGGGGCUGAAAGAAGAAUUUGAAGAAGCGAGGGCGUGGGUGGCCACAGAGUUGACGUUCGACAAGAACGUAGACGUCAAUCUGUUUGAGAGCACCAUCCGUAUCCUGGGAGGUCUGCUCAGCACCUACCACCUGACCGGAGACGCCCUGUUCCUGGACAAAGCUAAAGACAUUGGCUCCAGGCUGAUGCCAGCCUUCAACACCCCGUCUAAGAUCCCCUACUCUGAUGUGAACAUUGGGAAAGGCAUCGCUCACCCGCCUCGCUGGACCUCUGACAGCACUUUAUCUGAAGUUACAAGCAUCCAGCUGGAGUUCAGAGAGCUCGGCCGCCUCACCCAGGAACCACAGUAUCAGGCUGCAGUGGAUGAAGUCAUGAAACAGAUCCACAAACUCGACGGCAAACAGGACGGCCUUGUUCCCAUGUUCAUCAAUACAAACAACGGACAGUUCACCCAUCAAGGCGUCUACACACUGGGAGCCCGAGCCGACAGCUACUAUGAAUACCUGCUGAAGCAGUGGAUCCAGGGCGGGAAGAAGGAUCAUCAGCUCUUGGAAGACUACUUGCAGGCAAUAGAAGGUGUAAAGAAGAACCUAUUGCAGAAGUCUUCUCCUCAUGGCCUUACCUUUGUUGGAGAGCUCUCACAUGGUCAGUUCAGCCCUAAAAUGGAUCAUCUGGUGUGUUUCCUGCCGGGCACCCUGGCCCUCGGUGCUCACAAUGGUCUGCCCGCUGACCACAUGGACCUGGCCAAAGAGCUGAUGGAGACCUGCUAUCAGAUGUAUGUCCAGAUGGAGACAGGCCUCAGUCCAGAGAUUGUCCACUUCAACAUGCACGAGGGCAGCAUCCGAGACAUUGAAGUGAAGCUCGCUGACAGACACAACCUGCUGCGACCAGAGACGGUGGAGAGUCUCUUCUACCUUUACAGGUUCACUGAAGACCACAAGUACCAGGAGUGGGGCUGGGAGAUCCUCCAAAACUUCAACAAGUACACCAAGGUCUCCUCCGGUGGAUACACGUCCAUUAAUAACGUGCGAGACCCGGAAUACCCGAGUCCCCGUGACAAGAUGGAGAGCUUCUUCCUGGGAGAGACGCUGAAGUACCUGUACCUGCUCUUCUCACACGACCCAGACCUCGUCAGCCUUGACCAGUAUGUCUUUAACACUGAAGCUCAUCCUCUGCCUAUAUGGCCCACUGCUGCGUGACACACACACACACACACACACACACACACACUAGGGUGAAUUCAAAUGGCAAAAUAAUCUCAGGGUUGCUCUAACACCAAGAUAAUUGGUCUUCUCUGCCAGAACAGACUGAAAGGAGUUGAAUGAUUUAUUCAUUAGGGUUGUGUGUGGAAGUUACUGUUUUCUCUAACAGCCAGCAAACAUCAGCACUGAACGACGGCCUUUAACACAUGUCGAUGGGCAAAGGUCCGAGUGUCGUCAUGACCUGUGUAAAUAUGAUAUUUUGUCCUAUCUAUAAGAAAAUAGCCAUUUUUAUUCCAGAGAAGAUCCUACAUCACUGUCAGGUCUUAACUCGUGAGCCCUGUGUGUGUGUGUGUGUGUGUGAACGGAAACCAACUGCUGCCUGCUGCACCUGAGCUCUCUGCUGUGACGCGUUCCCACACCAGUGUGACUUUGCAGGGUUAACAGCUAAUUCCUCGUGAUUCAGUCAGAUGCUGAGGCUCGUGGGAACGGAGCAUCUAUUUACACCGUGUGUUAAAAAGAGAUACAAAAAUGACUAUCACAUGGAGUUUGGCCAAAUGAAAGCACUCGGGAUGCACAGUUUUAGACCUUUUUUGCCGAUAUAUUGCAGGUGCUUGGGCCGAUACAAACUGCAGAGGUCGUCGAGUCUCGUCUGGAGUGAAAUGAACAUAUUUUUCAUGCUCGCCUUGCAGCAGAUAAUAAAACAAAUAAACAUAACAACAUCACAGUUGGUCAGUUGGUGAAGGGACAAGCACAAGAGUCAUUUUGAAGCCGAUAAAGGCUGAUGAUGACGACGAUGACGAUGAUGAUAUCGUGCUGCAGUGAUCUAAUUGUCCGCUCCAUUAUUCCGUCUUCACACCCUCAGACAGAUUCAUGCGAGGGGAAAAUCAUGAGACGCAUUUUAAUGUCUGUGCUGCAUUCGUGUCAUACAGGAUUUUAAAUAACACUUUUUUCCAAAAAUCGAAUUUAGACAUAUAUAUAUAUA